AAAAUGGCAGUUUGAUGUUUUACGCGGUUCGCUGGUCCAAACAAACUAUGAGAGAAAAAAUAAUCGUUUCCGAAGUACAUGAACACGGAAAUUUGACGAGUUGUACAAUUGUUGAAUUGAACUCAACGAGUGACGAAUUCCUCUCCAACUUUCGUUGAAAAUAUCAAAUAAGAAAACGUGUUGGAAUACUUGACAAGGCAUAAUGGUUCGAACGACUAGAUUGCGGAAACCACUCUCUAAAUAUCCGGAGAAAGAUUACGAACUAAACACAUCGCCCAAAAAGAGUCCUGUCAAAAAAUCAAAAAACACUGAGAUGGAAUCCAAGGGAACGAAAAGCAGCUUGACACAAGGUAAUUUAAAAACUGGUUGGAGAACCUUAAAGGGGACCCGAACUGCUGUUCUGCGGGACAGAACAAACUUAAACGAGGAACCCCUCAAAGUUGAUCUUUUAAUAAAACAAGGUACGGUUCGAGGAACUGCAAAGAAAUCGACGAAACCUACUCGCACUCUGAGGUCCAAGACUUCGGAAGAAAACAAAGGAGAAGUUGAAAGGACGCGUUCUGUUGGAACAAAGAAAAGAAGAAAAUUGGAAAACGGUGAAGAAUCAACGCCUGAUGGGGAUUCGAAGAUUCAUAGAGAAAAUCAAUCUGACGGUGUAGCAACUGACAAAACGGUGUUGACGUCAAAACGAGGUACGAAAAUUGUCAAAAAAUCGAUUAAAUCGUCAAAGUCCACAAAGGUUAAUGCUGAAAUUGCAAAAAAGUCUGAGAGAAAAAGGGCUCGGGAAGUCGAUAGCGAAGAGGACGAAUCGGUCAGUGAAAUUACCGAUGAAAAGAAUUCUUCGAAUUCUGAGGUUCAGCCCAUUUCCCUUGCAAUCGAACGUCCGAACAAUCAAGUUACUGCAAAAACUACCAGAAAAACCGUGAAAUCUAGGGCAUCUCGAGAAGACGAAAACCAGGAAUUGACAAAAGCGAAUUCUCCAAAACCUUCAAGAAUAAGAACUCGCAGAGUUAUGACUGAGAGAGAAUCUUCUGUUGAUUCAGGCUUAGAUUCACGAGGUGUUUCUGAGGCCGAUGAAAAUCGAGAAUCCGUUAAAACUACAAAAAAAUCCGUCCAACGAUUGUCGUCAAGGAAAGUAGCAACUUCCAAAAAGUCCGAAGUAACGUCGCGGCAACUGACCCUAGAGAAAGUCAAUGAGCAAGAAGAUAAGGCUUCGAAAGAUUUCGUUAGUGUGAACAAAUUUUUCAAGAACAAAACAGAAAGAAGGACGAUUGAGAAAAAAUUCUCACCUAUUAAGAAAACCGUAACGGGGAAACGACGAAACAUCGGUAAUCCGCGUAUGAGCGUGUCUUUUCAUCCGCGACAAACGACUCUUCAAGAGUCAUUUGCAAAACAAAAGGAUCGCAAAGUUUUGAGACCUCGAAAAUCACAGAAAGACUAUUGUGAAGAAACAAUAAUCAACCAAAAUGAUACUGGCAAAGAAAUGGAAGCAGAAAAAAGAACGGGGCCUGUUUACAAAUCUAUAAAACCAGAUGAAGAUUCGAUAAAAGAUAAAAACGCUAUAUACGAAUUCGAUUGGGACAAAAACGAUUCGAGAGAAAAAUUGCCGAAAAAGAAAAAAACGCGGAAUCGAAAGAAUAUUGUAGCAGCGAAGGUCGUGAGACCGAAGAAAACGGCGACUUCGAAAAAGACGAUUGAACAACGAACUGAAAUAGUGAACACGGACGUAGUUGAACAGAUUUCAACUGAACCUGAAAAACUGAUGGAUCAACCACGAGUUGAAACGGACAAUUUCCACGAAGAAUUUAAUGACCCUCCAAAGUGUGAAGAAGUCAUUGAACCGCCAGAAAAAUUGGACAAAUCGCCAGUGGUACAAAAGGGGAAACCCAAAAUCAUCGAGUCCGUAGAGUUGAGAGGAAACGAGUGUUUCACUUUAACGACAACUCCAGUCCUGGCUAAAUCAUACGCAGCAAAAUCAAGAAGUCAUUUGCAAGCUUCCAAACAAUUCAGAAAGAUGUUGGGUGACGUGCUGCUCAAUAAAUCGAUAUCGCCGAUCGUCAAAGCGAUUGAGAAUUUUGAUCCAGGCAGUCCUUGGCGACCACCGGUAUUUUCCCCUCAAGAAUUCUCCCGCAUUAAAAACGUCGUUCAAAGCACUCCGCAGAUACCAACUUUCAAAGCUAAACUCGGAAAUGCCCCGGCGAAAACGACAACUGCGUGCAAUACGGAAAGAAAAAUUGAUGAAAUAAUAACGGAGAGAGAAGAAGACGAAGCGAAAAAUUCGGAUAAACAAUUCCCCAAGAAAGCUCUCGAUCUUGCCAAAUCUCCAAGGAAAUUUGGUACUGUAAUCUCUAAUCUUGACAGCGAUUCGGUCAUCAACACGAGGAAAGUAGAAUCGAACAAGACGAAUUCGAAUGCCACCGACAGCACACCCCAAAAAAUAGUAGUGUACGCCACGAUCGAAACUCCGCCGACCGGAUCAGCCUCGGUCAAAUCGAGACUCGCAGACGAUUUCGUGGAGCCAAUGAAUUUCGAGAACGAAGAUGUCGAUGACAAGGAAAAUUCGCUUCCGGUUGUCCACAGUCCGAAACGAUCGCCACUUAAAUCUCUCAAUCGAGCCCCACUUGGAAAUUUGAGCAAUUCGCUCUCGGCGGAUCUCAAUAGUUCACCGUUGAAAAAUCUCAACAGAUCGCCAUUGAAGAAUCUCAAUAGUUCACCAUUAAAAAAUCUCAACAGAUCGCCGUUGAAGAAUCUCGAUAGGUCGCCAUUGAAAACCCCCAAAAAGUCGCCGUUGAAGGACCCGAAGAAGAUUCUGGAGAUGCUUCAUGCGAGGAAACUACAGAACGAAAAUAAGGAGCCUCAGCAGGCUGGUCCUUCGAACCAGAAGGUCGUAGCACCCCGGGACGAUUCGAAAAUUCUGCGACAAUCGAAUCUCGAUAAUUAUUUAAAUCUCGACGAAAUGCCAAAAAGUACAAGAAUAGUAACACCUCAUGGAAUUUUUGACGACGCACAUUCGACCCCGAUAAUCGGAAAGCCAGUAAAGAGCAGAAGCAACAAGGCAGCAGCGACCGUCGACAAUGCUUUUGGUUUUGACGUCUCCGACGAAGAUUCGGAGAAUGAAAUAUCGCCGAUUCAUAAACUCGCACCCGAAAAACCGGUAGCCCAACAAGGUUUCGCACAAGCUCAGCUAAAAUUCGAAGAGAAACCGAAAAAUCCUGCGCCCGCGAGAUUAUCGGUAGGAGAUAUAAAGAAACACCUUUUGCCAAUACGGAGACAGGAAAAAACCAGCAAAGCGGCACCAGUUGUUGAGAGAAUCGAAGAGGAAGGCGAGGAAAAACAAGAAUCUCACGACAAGAAGAGCGAACCAGAAAAUCCGCGAGUUCAAACGACCGCAAAUCCGAUUGAUUUUUCCGAUACUUUUGACAUAUCCGAGAAUCAAAGAACUAACGAGAGCACGUUGAAAGUAGAACUUUUCGCUGAUCUAGAGCCGCGGCAUUUCAAACAGGCACCAAGAUAUUCGUACAAACGAAAACGAGGGGGUUUCGUACUCUCGGACGCGGAGGAGGACAGCGAAAAUGUCGAGCCAGGGACCAGUUAUCAGCCAAAACGACGAAAAAUUGGAAAAGCAGAAAAGGAAAGACUGGAGAAAUUGGAAAAUUGGGCAAAGGAUCUGAAUGAAACUUUCGAGGAAAUCGAACAUUUCGAUUUAGUAGUAGAAUGAACAGGAAUGUUUUAUUCUUCAAAAAGAGGCCCCAGUUCUCCAGGAACUUUUCGUACUAUUUAAAAAAAAGCUGCCCGUUGGUUGAUUGCACAGAAGCCGCGUACAGAGAAUCGUAGAACCGGUCGAUUUUUUUCUCUCUCGCAUAUUCGAAUCUGCAUUUUUUUAUUUUUUUUUAUUAUAACAACGUCGUAUAUUUGACGCGAGCGAUUUUAUUGCCAAUUUCUUUUCACAAAGAAUCAAACCAUGAUUAAGGAGAGCGAACGCACGAGAGAGGAAAAGAUUUUUUAUUGUUUAUUUAUAAUUUAUUACGCAAGUGUUUAUUACUUUUUUUUAAACUCGAUUAGAAUAUUUAGAUAUACUAGAUGUAUUAUAUACUUGAAUGAAUUUAAGAGAUAAUUUCCUAUAAGAGCAUAUAUAACAUUUAUAUUCCGAGUGUAACCAUUAGAGAAAGGGACAAUACAAAUUUUCUAUUAUUGAUA